AUGGAUCGCCAAAUUAGUUCCCAGAAUGAGCCUUCCCCGCACACUAAACGCCGCCACAAGCCUGCCAUAGGCAAAUUCAGCAUCCCACGCGGCGCCUACAAGAUGCCCCCAACAGCAGCUUUUAAGCCACCAGCAAAAUCCCCAGGGCAUCUUAGUGCACCAAUGCGCAAUCUACCUGUCCGACGGCAGCUCACAUUCGACAGCGAAGUCGACAGCGAAGUUCCCAAGGUACAUAAUCCCGGCUCGUUGCCCUCCCCUGUAUCGGACACAACUAUGUCUCUGCCUCCAUCCCGAAGCUGCUCACCUGACGACAGUCAGUCGUCUAUGGAAGACUUACCUGACGGUAUCAAAGAGGCACUUUUAACGAACCCUCCUCUCCGGAACAUCAACUCGAGCCUAGCUUCCAAGUGUGUCAUCAUGUAG